UUCUUCACACUCUUCGUGCUCUCCGCCGUAUCUUACUUACCCUCCAACCUCCUUUUGUUUGCCUCCAUCAACGUCACUCUCUAAUGGCUUCCGUUGCUGGUUCUUCAAUCUCCAUGCAACCUCGCCAUGCCCUGGCUACUAGCAGGGUUUCUGGGUUGAAAUUGGUUCCAUUUAAGAACCAGGGAAGAAACAGCCUCUCCUUUGGGUUGCAUCAAAUGCCUUCUCGCUUGCGGAUUUUCUGUGCUGCCAAACCAGAGACAGUGGAUAAGGUAUGUGAAAUUGUAAGGAAACAAUUAGCUGUACCGAGUGACAAACCAGUCACAGGUGAAUCAAAAUUUGCUGAGCUUGGAGCCGAUUCUCUUGAUACGGUGGAGAUCGUGAUGGGGCUUGAGGAAGAGUUCGGAAUCACCGUGGAAGAGGACAAUGCCCGAAACAUAUCGACUGUUUUGGACGCAGCUGAACUCAUUGACAAGCUCUGCAGUGGAAAAAGUGACUGAAAAACGAACCAAGAACCUAAGUUGAGGGGAUUCAUUUUUCAUUUGCCCAUAUUGAUGUCACUUAGACCAUUUGUCAAUCAUGUUGUGAACCCAUAUUUAUUUAUU